CCUACCUGCUCCUCCAUGUGUUCAAGGACCCCUCAAGAUGUCCAUGCUUGCCGAACCUCGUCGUAAGCAGAAGUGGUCCGUGGACCCCAGAAACAGCGCAUGGAGCAACGAUGAGUCCAAAUUUGGACAGAAAAUGCUGGAACGCAUGGGCUGGUCCAAAGGAAAGGGUCUGGGCAGGAGUGAACAGGGGGCUACAGAACACGUCAAGGUUAAAGUCAAGAACAACAACCUGGGUCUGGGCACUGCAGUGAACAAUGAGGAUAACUGGAUUGCCCACCAGGAUGAUUUUAAUCAGCUCCUUGCUGAGCUUAACAGCUGUCAUGGACAGAACACCACUGACCACCUCACACAGGAACAGGGAUUUAGUUUGGAGGAGAAGUCAAAGACAUCCAAGAAAAGGGUCCAUUACAUGAAAUUCACUAAGGGAAAGGACCUGUCCAGUCGCAGCGAAACAGACCUAGCUUGUAUUUUUGGGAAGCGAUCGAAACGACAGACAAGAGACCAAGAUGAGGGAAGCAGUGGGACUGAUUCUCAGGAAGAUGGAGAAGACACAGUUACUGAACCCAGUCCAGAGCCACAGUCAAUCACAGUGAACAGCACACUGACCAUGCAAGAGUACUUCUCCCAGCGGAUGGCCCAGAUCAAGAAGACUCAGGCAGCACGAAACCUAACCGUAUCUUCUUCUGAGGUCAGCAGCAAUACACCACCUCCACUGCCUACAUCUGCCUCCAUGGAGGAGUCCCCGAACACCAGCGAUAUGGAACAGUCCAAAAAGAAGAAGAAAAAGAAAAAGAACCGGGAGACUGAUAGAGAUGAGGUAGAGGAAGAUCCACUGAUCACGGUAAGAGGAGAGAUUGGUGAAGAGCCAAAUCACUCACAGAAAAAGAAGAAAAAAAACAAGAGUAAACGAGAGGAGCGGGCUGAGGAUGGGACUGAAGUGUGCAGCACCCCUACAGUAACGGAGGGUGCCACUGAAGAAGACGCUCCUACCACAGGAAAGAGGAAGAAGGACAAUAAAAAAGCUCUAGAUAUUCAUUCAGAUGAGCCUGAAACUAUAGAAAAUGAGAAUAUGGGCUCUACAGUUUCAGAUAAAAAGAAAAAGAAGAAAAGGAGAGAAGAGGAAGAAGUGACUGAUGAAUCGGUGUCCAAAAAGAACAAGAAAAAGAAAAAAUAGUUUUUUUACAAUUGACUGCUCUUGACCUUGACGUUUUGAUACCAAUGUGAUUUUUAUUAGUGAAAACACCAAAAUGAAUGCCAGCCAAACCUAUGAAUUUAAAGCUAUAAUUGGCUUGUAUCUCCAUUUUUAAACUGGAGAAAAAAAGGAAAAUAAAAAUCAUCUAAUCUGUA